AUGGGUCGCCGUCCAGCUCGCUGUUACAGAUAUUGUAAAAACAAGCCUUAUCCGAAAUCCCGCUACAAUCGUGGUGUACCGGAUGCCAAACUGAGGAUUUACGAUUUAGGUCGUAAGAAGGCUUCGGUUGACGAAUUCCCUCUCUGUGUCCACUUGGUCUCGAAUGAAUACGAACAACUUUCUGCUGAAGCCUUAGAAGCUGGCCGUAUCUGUGCCAACAAAUACAUGUCCAAGACCUCUGGUAAGGACUCCUUCCACAUGCGUAUCCGUGUCCAUCCUUAUCAUGUGACCCGUAUCAAUAAAAUGCUGUCCUGCGCUGGUGCUGAUCGACUGCAAACCGGUAUGCGUGGUGCCUUUGGUAAGCCCAACGGUCUGGUCGCUCGUGUCAACAUUGGUCAAAUCAUCUUUUCCGUUCGUUCCAAGGAUGCGAACAAGGCUGUCGUCAUUGAAGCUUUGAGACGUUGCAAAUACAAGUUUCCCGGUCAACAAAAGAUCAUUGUUUCCAAGAAGUGGGGCUUCACUCCUCUCUCUCGUCAAGACUAUAUUGAAGCCCGUUCCAAGGGUUUGCUUAGACCUGAUGGCUGUUACAUAAAGUUCUAUCCUCAAAAGGGUCCUCUUGCGGAUUACUACAAGGAAGUCUCCAGAGCUUAA